AUGAAUUGGGAGGCUCUCGGAAGUGUCGAGAAAGAUUGUCGCCGACUCGCCGCUCUUGAUGUUACCAUCUUCUCUAUUGCUCAACAGACACAGUACACAGUAGUAAUGGCGCACCGCAUAGUAACCCAAGUCUUCGUAACAGGCGCCCGCGUCUUCGGCCGCGCCGUCAGCGAAGCAUACCGCCACGCCUCUGCGUCACAAAAGUACCAAGCCGCAACCGGAAUCAAGGGAGGCACCGGUGGAGCUGGCUUGACUUUGGACGAAGCCUGCAAGAUCUUGAACGUCGGACCUCCCAAGGGCGGCAAGGCCAACAUGGAACAAGUGACGGAGCGCUUUAAGAAACUCUUCGACCAAAACGACCCCAAGAAGGGAGGCAGUUUCUACCUGCAGAGCAAGGUGUUGCGAGCAAGAGAAAGGAUUGACAUGGAAGUGCGUGAGGCGGCGAGGGCAGCAGAGAGGGAAGCAGAACUGCAAGAAGGAUGGAAGCCAAAGGUUUACAAAGACCGAUAG